UCUCUCACACGCAUACAUCGCGGUCUCCUGAAUUCUCCUCUCCCUCUUCAGCCUUGCCCCUCCCGCUUGCUCCGCCCUCCCGCCUUCUUCUACCUCAUCGGUCCCCCCCCCCAUCGAUGCAACGCUCAUUGUCUCGCUGCUUGCUGCCAGAUGUCCUUCGAGCGCGCCCAAUCCCAGUAGCUAGGUCAUGUUUUCCGCCCAUGACCCGGGCGCGAGCUUCUGGGGAGUGUUGAUCAACUCGGACAAAAGCCCAGCCCCGCUCCUUGAACAGCUCUGUUUAGAAAUCGCUCACAUCAUUUCGUCCUUCGACGAUUACGCAACGACCGACCUCACACCCGAGCGUUUGGCCACUUUCUACCGCAAAGUCGGCGGCAAUUAUGAUGUGCUCUUCUUACAAACGAAGCCCUCUGCUCUGUCCUUUAUCUAUCAGCGCCUUGGCUGCUUCCACAGUAUCCAACCCACAACCGAUGCAUACAAACCUCCCGCAAUUCCCGCUCUACAACCCAACGGCUUUGUACGAUGGCAGACGAUACAGUUGCUGCUAGACCCGGAUGAGCAUUGCCGGUACCUACAAAACGCUGUUGAUAUCUGGGAGAUUGAGAAUCCUAAUGGGGGCACGUUUCCGAAGACGAUUCCUCGCGAGGCCUUUCCCGAAUCACCGGACCGGGAAAUGGUGGAGUGGCACGAGACAGUAAGCCGACGGUUUGAGAUGGACUAUGUGAAAAAGAACAUCCUUCGUGCAUCUCCUCCGAAUUUUGGUACCUACCACUAUCAUUUCAGCCACCACCAAAAGGACGAGCCUGGGGGCUCCAAGGAGACAAAUACUUUUCCCAGUCGGCGUAGGACAACUGCGCAGCGAGCCCAUGUCACCCCGGACGAGCCAGCACCGUCGAGCCGCCAUCAAAGACGUCGCAGCGCCGAGUUUCCCAACUCGUCAACGCGCCGCGUGCAGUCAACUUACUUCAGACCACCACCACCACCACCGCCGCCCCCUCCUGAAUUCGCGCCCUCACCCCGGGCGCCCUCACCACCCAUGUGGACUAAGUCAUCCCCGAAAGCCCGAGGACGUGAGCGCGGGCCUACCGUCUCGCGUCCAGUCAGCCCGACCACUGUACCGGGUCACAACUCUUCGGACGCUUCGUCCGAGGAUUCAAUAGCUGCAGCACAAGAGGCGGCCAAUCGACACAACAGCCGUCACCUGCGUCCUACGCAUUCACACAGCAACCAUGCCCGUCGGCAUUCACACGAAGCUUAUGCGCGGAAACCCCAGCGUGACCUCUCACCUGAAGCGCAGCGACGGACCUAUACCCACCGCGACAUGUUCAACUCCCAUUCGGGGCGGCCAUAUGACUCUGAUGGCGGUCGCAGGACCCGCCCGGCACGUGCGUACGCUGAAGAGCCUAUCAUGCAUCCCAGAACCCCAGGCCCUAUGUUCCACGAGCAUGCCUUCAACGACCCUCCUGUCAUGCCCCACAAUCAGGAUCUCCCUCGUUACUCGCAUCCUCAUUCUCACGCCCAUCCACCGCCCCCUCCCCGCUACGUCAACAUGAACAUCAACAAUCCUUACGUCGGGCGUCCCCACCCCGACAUUGACAUGUGUGCCGGUGUUGACGACCACCGUCGAAGCUACCGAGUGCCCAACGCCAAUUCAGGAUACCCUAGCCCGGGUGUAUCCGGUCGCACGGCACGUUAUCCUCCGAGAGAGGGUGAAGGAACCUAUCGGUCGCCGCGAUGGGCCAACCCUGUCCCACCGCCCGCGAGGGGUAUCCCCGUGGGCAUGCCAGAUAUGGAAUAUCCGAUGCGAUCGAGGCGUUCCAUGUAUGAUCGAUGAACCGCAAAGAGGUCUGCUUAGAGGAGUUUGACUAGUAGUAUAUUCUCCGCUCCGAGUCUGGGGUUCAGGACCAACCUUCUUCUUCUUCUUCUUCUUCUUCUUCUUCUUCUUCUUCUUCUUCUUCUUCUUCUUCUUCUUCUUCUUCUACUUCCUC